CGUGUCAGGGUGGGGCUGCAAACCCUGUGCGCCAGGUGCCGGUGAGGGCGUACCCUGAUUUCGGGCCUUCCCAUCACCCACUCUCCAUUCCCAGAAACCUUCGCGCCGAGAGGUCUCGUCAAAGGAGUUGGGCCGGGCGCGGGGACUGGUCGGCCACCCAGCUUUGCAGGGCCCACUCAAGCCCUGAUUUCUCCUCCAACCCCUUUUGCCUUGGUUCUGGAGGGUGAGAGGAGCCGCUCUGGCCAUUGUGCUGCUUUGCCAAAUUUCCACGUGCGAGGCUGCACUUCGGGAGGAAGCAAGGCAGGCUGGCCUGGGGACCCAGCAGAGAGAGGACAACAGGAGCAACACCUACUGCAAAACAAUUCCAGGUUGGGUCUAGGGGCAAGGCCAGGCGCCAGUGGGCGGAGAAUCACCCCCAGGGCAUAAAUUUGGGCCCUUGCAAUAGCUGCCGUCCUCCACCCGCAUGGCUCUGUUUCUGAUCAGCAUCCAGCCUGCCUUUCCUUAAUUUACCUUUUCAAUCUUUUCUUUCCUGAUAGUUUUGACCUGAAUUUUUUGGACCCUCGGUGCCACCUGACAGAAGACUGCAUGCCAGGAAAGAAAUUCAUCUGUGCAGUGAGUGUGGGGUUUCAGUGUAAAAAUCUGGAAGUGUACUAAGCCUAAAAUCAGGAUAUCCAGCUUGCUUUGAGAAGGGUAGAGCGCUUAACUCUCUUUGCUCUGUUGCUAUCCAGGUAAUUAGCCAGACUGACAAACCUAAAGGCCAAAUUCUUCACCAAUUGCCAGGGUCCCACAGGCGCACUUUAUCCAAGAACACCUGAACUAAGAGUGCCCAAUAUCCUUAUUUCUGUGGAGACCUUCCCACCUAGCCCAGCAGCUUCACUUCUUUAUUGUGCACCCUCUGCUGGUUAGUGCGAUAAGAGUUCAGAGAAAAGGUGUGUGGGACUUACUGGAGCUAAUUUUAUACUCAAUAUUGUCUUUUUAAAAGUGUUAAACUGAGAAUUAUAUCCACGGACCUGGAAGGUGGUGCUCAGGAAGAGUAUCAGUAUUCAGCACAGCAGGAGCUGAGUUUCAGUAAUAACGUGAAUGAGAAUAAUAAUGGCUACCAUUUUGGGGCAAUAGUUGUUAUGCGCCAGGCACUCACUGUGCUAAGCAAUCAAUUUUACAUGCAUUGGCUCAUUUAAUCUUUAAAAUAACUUUGUAAGCACUUAUCAUUAUAAGUACUUCUAUUAUCAUUCCCAUACUAUUACCAUUCACAUAGAUGAGAAAAGUGAGACUCAAGAGUAGUUAAGUCAUUUGGCUUAGAUCAUACAGCUAGGCUAAUGAACAGGAAAGCCAAGAUUCAAACCUAGAUUUAUCUCUGAGCUCCCACAUGUAACUAUUGUGAUCAUGUUCUACUUUCUUGAGAUAUCCUUGGCAUAAUUUAUAGGCUGAUACUUCUCAACUUUAUGCUGUAUCUCUCACUUCCAGCAUGUCCCUGCCAUUUCAAAGACAAAAAGCAAAUUAGGUAUAAUCAUGCCUCUGAAAUGUAUUAUCUCACCCACAGGAAUCUGACCUGUGAAAACCUAGGAGGUUUGUUAACAAUACCAACAUGUAUUCUCCAGCCAGCACUAAAAUCCUAUACAGGAACCCCCGGUUCCUUCGACUAGCCUUUUUGCAGCUUCAUCACCAGCAGCAGACUGGUGUGUUCUGUGAUGUCCUACUGCAGGCAGAAGGUGAGGCAGUCCCAGCCCAUUGCUGCAUCCUGUCGGCCUGCAGCCCCUUCUUCACAGAGCGCCUAGAGCGGGAGAGGCCAGCACAGGGUCGGAAGGUGGUGCUAGAGCUGGGGGGCCUGAAGAUCAGGACACUUAGGAAGUUGGUGGACUUCCUCUACACCUCAGAGAUGGAAGUAUCUCGAGAAGAAGCCCAGGAUGUGCUCUCUGCUGCCCGUCAGCUCCGUGUAUCAGAGCUAGAAUCCCUUCAGCUAGAGGAUGGAAAGCUGGUGAAGGCCCCUCAGGGCCGCAGACUGAACCGGGAGUGCCUGCAACCUCCAAUCUCUGCCAGGGUGGUGGCACCAAGCCGCCGCCCCCGAGCUCCACUACCUGUUAACCAGACUCCUUGUCCUUCUGGGACAGUUAGGUUAAAGUCCUCAGGGAAGGAAGAGGACCCCCAGGAGAAGAGCAGUCGACAGAACGCAGAGAACUUGUCUGGCACUGUUCUGCUCAAAAAGAGGGCCAGAGCCUGCCCAGCUCAAGAAAAAAGCUCUUCACCAUCAAGCCACAGUCAAGGGCCUAAGGAGAAUAAGAGUGACCCUGACCUUGGUCCUACAGCUCUUUCCCCACCCAGCUUGUACCCCUCUGUGGACGAGAGACUGUUGCCCAGAAAGAUCAGGCUAAGCCGCUCAAAGCCAUCUCCUGAUGUGUGUACAUCCAAAACUCCCAGCAUUUUAAGCGGACCCAGCUCAGUGUCCACGGCUCCUGGCCGGCGUCUUUGGCGGCAGAGGAGUAUUAAAAAAGAAGUGCCAGAGGACAAGCAGAAACCAGGGAAAGCUAGUCCUCUACAGAGUCCUCCAAGCCCCUCUGGUCUUGGAAAGACAGCUGGGAGCAAGAAGUGGAGCCCUGAAGGCAGGGCCCCUAACUCUGAUUCUGUGGAGGAGGGGCAGGUUGGGAGAGUGAAACUUCGGAAGAUUGUUAAUGGAACGUGCUGGGAGGUGGUGCAGGAGCCUCCCCACAAAGACUCUCAAGAUAGCCUCCAGAUCCAGGAACCUGGGGAAGACUUAGAAAAGCCUACAGGGACUCAGUCAUCUUCAGUUAACGAGCAGGAAAUGUCAUCUGCUCAAAUAGACCUGUGUCAGGACUCCCCUGUGUGCUCUAGGCUACAAGACAUUCUGCUCUCUGCUAGCUGCUCCCCAAACCCCCCAGUGGUGAAGUCUGAGUUUGAGUCCAGUCCAGAGCUGGUAGGGAAGGAACCAGUGUUAGACAUUGGCUGCAGAGAGCCCUAUGCACUUGACACAGCCUUGCUUGGGCAGCCCUGUGAAGCUGAGGAGUACCGAAUCACAAGUGCUGCUGCCACCAGUGAGCUGGAGGAGAUACUGGACUUCAUGCUGUGUGGCUCUGUCAUUGAGCCACCUAUGGGGUCUCUGGAGAGCCCUCAGGCUGAGGGCUGCAGGACCCCCAGUUACCACCUAACAGAAACAGGGAAGAACUGGAUUGAAGGAGAAGAAUGGUGUUUAUCAGACAUGGAACUCUGGCCCAGGGAGCUCACAGGACUGGAAAAGGAACCUGUCGGUAACAAAGAGUCAGUUGAGCCCCUCAGCCCCCUCAUCAUGCCCUCUGAGAACAAAGAGCCAGUCGAGCCCCUCAGCCCUCUUGUCAUGCCCUCAGAGAUGAGUGAAGGGGAGGUACUUUCAGUGGGAGGCUCUUGGAGUGCAGACCUUGAAAUUACUAGCUCCCAGCCACUGGAUGGUCAGAGAGUUCUCCACAUUGAUUCACUUGACCCUCCCCAAAGGUCCUAUGAAGACCUCCCUCCUUCCUAUUCAAAGUGGCUGGAGAAGGGGCUGGAGGUACCCCUAACUAUGGGUGAGGUAUUGCACCCUGCACCAGAUGCAGGUGAGGGGACUCGUAACUCUGAGCUGCUGGGGCCACUUCCUGCUAGCCCUGAAGAGGAAGAGGUUGAUGUGGUAGACUGGACAGCAGAGGGGAGGCUGGGGACUACCAGUUUUCCCUCUGUAUGGCCCGACCCUUCCUCAGAGUCAGACACAGAGGUAGAUAUACUAACGUAGUGGAGAGAGGAGGGCAGGCUAGGGGCCCUGGGAAGGUGGGAAAUGUUAGCUAGCAAAAGGUGCACUGGCAGAGGGACUAAUACAUGCCAUUUUAGCACAAAAGGCAGGUGUACUCCUGGCUCCUUGUAGGUCUCCUCCCCUCCCAAGCUUUGGGAGCCAGGCAGAAGUCACGCAGUACCAAGGGUAGAAAAUUAUGAAGUCUUUUUUCUGCAAUCUAUAUUCCAGUCAGUGACAAGUGAAAAAAUAAGCUGUAGUCCCCAACACCAGCAGGCCAUAGAUAACAGGCAAGGCCAGGUCUCCCAGGCCAUAAGGCAUCUAGUCAUGAAGAGUUGAGAAAGAACACCCUCUGGUGUGGGUUUUGUUAAGAGAAAAUGUUCCAGAAGGUGAAGCAGUGUUAGUAGUGGAAUACUAGCAAGUGGUAGUCAAAGGACUUUAUCCAGAACCUAAUAUAUAUGGAGAGUCUGGUGACACAGUGGUUAAGAGCUAACCAAAAAGUCAUCAGUUCGAAUCCACCAGCCACUCCUUGGAAACCUUAUGAGGCAGUUCUCUUGUCCCAUAGGGUCACUAUGAGUCAGAAUCGACUUGAUGGCAAUGGGUUUGGGUUUAAAAUGUGUAUGGAGCUUACCUAUUGCCAGUAUAGAAAGUCCGACUUACUGAUAGCUUGUACUUGCCCAUUGACGUUACAUAAACUCACCCUCACUUUGGAAGGAUUGAACCAACCCAUACUCACAACAGAUUCAUCAUCACAAUCACCUUCACUUGCUCCUGGUGCAGCUUUUUAAAUCAUUGAGAAGGCUU